AUUUAUUGUUGUAUUUGUAUUUAUCUUGUGCUCAUCUGAAAUGCGUCACUUCUGCUCCGUGUACUAUUCUCUCUCUUCCUCUUCCCUCUGUAUAAAAUGUAAUGCUUUUAGGAUCGAUGAGCUGUAACUCUUUCUUUCCCCCCACAGGGGUUGACAGAUAUUUUCAUUUUCUCAUUGUGCAUCAUUGGAUUGCAUUGCUGUGUGUGUGUGUGUGCGCGCACAGAGACCCUCCUCCCAAUCAGAAUGGCCCUGCGCUCCCCCUCCCUUCUCUCUCUCUCCUCUCCCUCCAUAUGCGUGAAGAAGAUGGUUGCAAGCAGCGUGGGCCUGUUUUAACUGUCGCACAUCCUGUCGUGAUCCGACCGGGAGGAAGCGGAGGAGAAGAAUCCCUCCAUUCAGAUCCUGUGGUGGGAGGAACAGGCCUGGAGUCAGCCAGAGCAGAGAGCUGUCUCCAGCAUGCAGCGUCACUCAUCUGAUGUGGCCCGUCUGUAUCAGACUGAGUUCAUCCGGAGCGCGCGGGCAGUGGGCAUGCUGUGGGCCGUCUGCACGCUCUGCUUUGCCAUUAUCGAGGUGGUCAUUCUCAUCCAGCCUUCAUGGGUGGGCACACGAGAGCUGCACUACCGAGGAGGGGGUCCGGCUCCUCCGACCGGGACGCUUGGCCUCUUUGAGGUCUGCAUGGAGAUGGAUUGGCCUGUCCCAGAAUGCCGAGGGUCUCUUCGCACCCUGACUCCACUCCCUGCCUUCCAGUCUCCCGCUGUGCUGGUGUGCAUGUCUCUCACUAUGGUGUGGGCCAGCGUGGGCUGUCUGUGUCUGUUCAGAUUCUGCAAUGCAGCAACCGUCUACAAAAUCUGUGCUUGGCUGCAGCUCACAGCAGGCUUCUGUCUGGCCCUGGCGUGUGUGUUGUUCCCAGACUCCUGGGCGUGUGCUGAGAUGCGGGCGCUUUGCGGGGACCGUGUGAGUAGUUUCUCCCCGGGGAACUGCUCUGUGCACUGGGCGUAUAUACUGGCCAUGUUGGGGGUGCUGGACGCCGGCAUACUGUCCACGCUGGCUUUUGUUUUGGGGAAUCGCCAAGAUGCCCUGCUGCCAGAAGAUGCCAAGGAUGGUGAUGUGACUGGUUUGUUACUGGCAGCAUAAAGCAGUGGUCAGAAGGUGCUGGUGGCUGUUUCAUCACGUCGUUUGUGAACUUCUCUCCUGCCAAAUAAUGAUGAGAUAAAACGUGUGAAGAGAUGCUUGUCUUUUCCCCCUCAGCAUGAUGUCACCGUCCUGUGAAUUCUGCUUACAUAACCUGUCUGCAUAGAAACAGUCACCUGGCAACAGAGUCCUUUCUCCCCUGACGGAGGAACAUUACUCUGAUCUUGUAAUGGCGGCUCUUAAUAGAAAAGAGCAAAGGCCAUUUUCUUUAGUGCAUUUCCAAGUGGAGGUAUAGUCGAGGUCUGUGUGAUCACAGAUCACAUGUGGUUUUCAGCUAAAUGAUAUUUAGAGGAUUGACUGUGAUGUUUGAUUCCAUGUUCUAGAUGUUUUGUGCAUGAAUUUAA